AUGGGCUCAGAUACCCCUCUCAUCAGCCCUGCUGCCAUGCUGUCGCUGUACCUGCUCCUGUGUGUGUGUGUGUCUGUAUUGCCCCCUGUGGCUGCAAAGGAGCCUUUCUCCUACACCCAGAGCCUCAUCCUCACGCGCAAGAUCCACAGAGACAUCUGCAGCCUGCUGGCCCAAUACAAGGAGGAUCAGAUGGGAAGCAAGGACUUUGAAGAUCACAGCCUGGUGCUGACCAGCCUGCCCUCCUCCACCAUGAACUACUCCAGCUGGCUGAACAUGGAGGACACAGCUCGACUCCAGACCGACGCCAGGGAUCUCCAUGUGUUCGGGAUUCACGUUGAUGCCAAGCGCCUCUACGAGCUGCAGGGCAGGGUGCCGUCUCCUCUGAGCCGCGCACUGUACAUGGUCGUGCUGGACAUCCGGGACCUCGUCCACCAGAUCAGGCAGCAGCUGCAGUCCCUGCAGGCUCCGGCCCCAGUUCUGGGCGAGCCGUCCCUGCCCGAAAGCCUGCUGAACCCGCAGUUCCCCUGGCACAGCCGCCUGCAGGGGUACAUCAUCCUGCGGGACCUGGAGAGGUACCUGGACAAGGUGGUGCGGGAUUUCACGCUGCUCAAGUCCAGGCAGCAGCAGUGACCCCGCCCUCCCGACACCCACCAGCCAGACCUGCACAGAGACCGGCGGCCAGGCCCCUCGGAGCACAGGCUGCCCCCGCGCGAGGCCCUGCAGCUGGG